AUGUCUUCUUCAAUCCUUUGCUCUUUUUCACACCUCUACCAACACGCAUUUCAAAGCGGAGGACACCCCAUGUAUCUACGAUUACCUAGCCGGGUUCUGUAUUUAUAUUUAGUCUUCAGAAACAAAGCUAGGAGCGGGUAUCUCGGUACACUUCUAAUCGGAAACAUACAUUGCUUCGAGGUGCUUGAUUUUGGUGUUAGGAGGAAAGUGGUUAAGUCAAAGGGAGAUGGUGGCUUUGGUGAGGAUGAUGUAAAGUAUAAACUUUGGAGGAGAUCGUAUGUACAUUUAACCUGUUUCUCAGCUUGUUUUAAUGUCUCUAUAGUGUCAGAUAAAGGGGUUUCGGCUUAUUAA